AUCCUCGCGCAGGCGGCAACGGCUGGCGGCGAGUACGCGAUGCGCUCGGAGAAGGAGCGGGCCGGAGGCCCGGGCGCGACCGUUGGUACCCGGGGCCCUGGCGGGAGGGAGAAGCUGUCUGCCGCGGAAGUCCAGUUCCGCCGUGAGUCACCACGACGAGAACCCGAGACACCAGCCUCUUCCUCGGGCUGCGGGGGCGGGGCCCGUAAGCCUCGCGAGGAGAAGAGGACGGCCCUGAGCAAGGUGGUCCUCAGACGGCUGCCACCAGGCCUCACAAAGGAGCAGCUGGAGGAACAGCUGCACCCACUGCCUGCGCACGACUACUUUGAGGUGGUGGCCGCUGACCUCAGUCUGCACCCUCAUCUGUACUCCAGAGCAUACAUUAAUUUUAGGGACCCUGAUGACAUCCUUCUGUUCAGAGAUCGUUUUGAUGGAUAUGUCUUCAUUGGCAAUAAAGGCCUGGAGUACCCUGCAGUGGUGGAGUUUGCCCCAUUCCAGAAGAUAGCCAAAAAGAAGCUGAAGAAAAAAGACACUAAGACCGGGAGCAUCGCAGAUGAUCCAGAAUACAAGCAGUUUUUAGAAACAUACAGUGUGGAGGAAGAGAAAACCAGUGCCAAUCCUGAAAUCCUUCUGGGAGAGGUAGAGGCAAAGACAAGAGAACUUGUUGCUAGAAGAACCACGCCUCUUUUGGAAUAUAUUAAAAAUAGAAAAUUAGAAAAGCAGAGAAUUCGAGAAGAGAAGCGAGAAGAACGGAGGCGGAGAGAGCUAGAAAAGAAACGUUUGCGGGAAGAAGAAAAAAGAAAGAGAAAAGAAGAAGAAACAUGCAAAAGAAAGGAGGCAGAUAAACAAAAGAAGACUGCUGAGAAAGAAGUGAAGAUCCAGGUACUUCUUAAGAAACCAGAAAAGGGAGAGGAAUCAACCACUGAGAAACCAAAAGAAAGAGGAGAAGAAGCUGGUGUUGGAGAUGGCAGGCGGGAAGCCCACGCCCCCUGCACAGUGAGGAAAACCAGGCUCCUGGAGAGCCUGCCAGAGGCGCUCAGGGAGAAGUCACAGGAUGACAGUGAUGGAGAGCAAAGGGACCUGGAGAGAAGACCUCGGGGGAGGGAAGCUGAAAUGCUGAGGUGCCACCUGGACAGCAGCAGAAAACAUGGUGCUCACUCAGAGUUUGCCAGGUUUGCCAGGAGGAACGAAGAUGAGCUGAGAUGGGUCCGAGGGUCCACCCAAGAUAGAGGGAAGAAGGGGCGCCAGGACGGGGGCAUCCCCAUGGAGACGGCAGAGAGGCUGGCCAGGGAGAAGGAGGACAAUGGCCUGGCCCCCAGGAAGGAGCGUCUGAGAAGCAAGUUCUCGUCGGACACAACAUCUUUGUUUGUAUGUGGUGCUGAGGAUCGAACCCGGGCCGCACGCAUGCCAGGUGAGCGCGCUACCGCUUGAGCCACAUCCCCAGCCCCUGAAUUUCACUUUUGUUUGGUCGCAUUUUCCCAGAGAAGCAUUGGUACUGUAUUGGUAACAGAGCUGGGUUCCACGUCCACGCUUGCCCAGCCUGCUGAGCAACUUGACUGUCCUCUGUCUCUGGUUUGGCAUUUUAAGAAUAUGAAUGGGAAUUUGAUGUGUGACCUCGGAGACAGGCUGUCUCCAUUCCAUUCACUUGCAAUCCACUGGAGCUGAAUGUUGGUGAUGUUCAUUUGUCAUGUUUCAGGAAAGACCAGCCUAAGACCCAGAGGAGAGCUUCAUGCAUGACAGUCUUAUAGUACUUGACAUUUCUGUAGACCCCUUAAUCUCAGGGGACAGCCAUGGGCCUUUUUUGAGAGAGCACCUUCACAUGCUUCCCUCCUAGCUGCCUGUGUAGGCAGUGGUGGUAGCUGUUAUGUUUUAGCCUUCAGCGGCCCACAAGGCCUGCCCCAACAUGGUGUGGUGAGGCGCUUUGGGGUGACAGUUGCUACUUAGGAGGCCAGGAUGCAGACACCACCCUGGGGAGGACGAGCCCCGGAAUGCAGACCAGGUGCCUGCUGAGCCUCUUCCUGUUCUUCUCACUGGUCUAAAAAGAAGUAAUGCUAAACACUUGGGGUAACUUCCGGGGGCCCCACACCCAGCCCGGCACUAGGUCAUGGUGAGCACUGCGUCUUAAGAGAGGAGAGCUUGUCUGCAGGUCAUUCAGGUCACAUGUGGGGCCCCUGGUGGCCAGGAGGGUGCUGGGCAGGGAGUCUGCUCCUGGGGCUCUGGGCUGUGAGGGAAACAGGAUUUGUCUCCUCCCUGUUGCUCCAAUGUGGUGGAAAGCUGGCUGGCCUUGGUAUCCUCGGCCGUAGUCAUGUACUAUGGCUGUGCACCCUUGUGCCCUGACAUGGUUGCUUUUCAUGUCCUCAGUCCUGCCUGCUAGUGGAAUUAAAUCAGAUCAAAACACAAGGGUAGUUGUCUCACACAGCAAAAUUCAUUUGCAGCAAUCAAGGAGACCACAGAGAAUCACUACCAAAGCCAUGACUUCCACAGGUCAGGCAAGCUUGCAGGAGGCUGCGUCACAUGCACAGUGGGAGAUCCUGCCUUCCUCCCUUGUGAUAGAAAUGAGGCUGUAGUUCUUCCCUGG